CCAUCGCUUUGUUAGUUAUUGACGUGCACUCCAAGUGAUUAACACGUUCACUGUUUUAUUAAAUAAUUUUAGUUUUAUAUUACCUAUAUAGGAUUAAUAUAGUACAUUUAUAUGUGAUACAUUUUUAUGAAGAGAGGUGCAAAGUUCAAGUGGUUUAUUGAAAAAAUUGUGUUAACGAUAAAAGUUAUAAGCAAAAAUGAUUAAAUUAUCUUUAACCGAAGCAAUGAAAAUCGGAUUCAUCGGCGGCGGCAGACUGGCCUUCGCCUUGGCCAAUGGAUUUAUCUCAGCUGGUUUGGCAAAACCCGAUGAAAUCACAGCCAGUUGUCAUCCAUCGGACACAGUAAGCGCGGAGGCCUUUAAGAAAUUAGGAGCAACGGCGCUAUUUGAAAACAAGCCAGUGGUGGAGCGAUCAGAAGUCGUGAUAGUUUCCGUGAAGCCUGACGUGGUGGUGCCAGCGUUGAAGGAAAUUAAAGAUCUACCCGAGGCCAAGAACAAACUGUUCAUAUCUGUCGCUAUGGGCAUCUCGAUAGCGUCUAUUGAGAAGGUACUUCCUCCCGAGGCUAGAGUCAUACGCGUGAUGCCAAACACACCAGCUCUUGUCAAAGAAGGCGCUGCUGCUCUGAGCCGAGGGUCCAAGGCGACUGCUGAAGACGCGAAGCUCACAAACCAACUGUUCAGUGCGGUGGGCACGUGUGACGAAGUGCCCGAGUAUCAGAUGGAUGCUGUUACAGCGUUGAGUGGAAGUGGUCCUGCUUAUGUCUACAUGCUAAUAGAAUCUCUGGCUGAGGGUGGGGUCCGGUGCGGUCUUCCUCGGGACCUGGCUUUAAAACUGGCGGGGCAGACCACCCUGGGAGCAGCUGCGAUGCUGCGGACGGGAGGCCACCCGGCAGUCCUGAAGGAUAAUGUCACCAGCCCCGCUGGGUCGACUGCAGAGGGAACUUAUCACUUAGAACAACAUGGAUUCCGGUCAGCAGUCAUCGGUGCAGUGAUGGCCGCUAAAGAAAGAUGUACAGUAGUAAACAAACAACUGAAUAACUAGCAACACACAAUACAAUAAUUUUCUGCAAGAUGCAAUAUUGUGAUACGUAGUCUUGCAUAUGUUGAUGUUAUUAGUGUACCUACCUACUAUAUUCAAAGUGCCAUUUGCAUCCAAUCUCAAUUUGUUAAAAAAUAACGUCUUAAUUUUAAGCUAUAAAGUAAAUUUAUUUUUUUA